UCUAUUAAAUCAAGCGGGUCUUGAGUAACUCUCUGCAGUCGAGGCGGGAUUGCGAGGCCUAGAGUUGGUCACUGCUAUCCACAGUGAACAUUAGCAAAUUGAGACGAAUUUAUAGCCGAAUUAUAAGUGUCACGAACUGUUAAAUUUCUAUUCAAAGAUUCAAAUAUUUAUCUCUACACGUCGUAGAGAUUGAUCACCAUGAUGCGAGAACGUCGUUAUCGGACGUGUCUGCAUCUGCUAAGCCUGAUUGCAGCAAGUAUUAUUUUGAUGUCACAUGACGCUCAAGGUGCCCAACGCUCGGUAGUAAGAGACGGUGGGGAUCCAGCGAAAAGUAACUGUAAUGGGCUGGAUAAACGGUCCUCGCGAGUAGUUGGUAGAGAAAAAGGGUUGACGGUGUCCCUUGAAAAGAACAUACCCAGAAAAACUGCUACGGAUCCCCAAAAGGCGGGCACCAAAGUUGACACAGAUGAUUCAGACUCUCUGUCCGGAGAAGGUUCCGGAAUGCAAUCAACGGUACACAGAAAUGGGCCACACCGUAUAGACCAGCGAAAUUUCGGUGGCUGGUCAUUAUUGGACCUUGAAAAAAUUCCUGAGCAGCUGAUAUCAAAGCUCGGGGAUAUUGUCAGUAAAGUAUCGGACGCGAAGUUGCCGAGUCUCAAGUCUGACGAUUCCUCAAAGUCCUUGCUUUCUGUAUUCAAUUCAUUCAUAGAAAAGCUUGAGCCGGCCUAUCGAACACUACUUAAACCAUUCAUUGAACCAUUAUCUACCUUCAUUAAUCCCAUUGUAAACCGCGAAGAUUUAGCAGAGUUCUUCGAUAUAAUUCUUGAUUACGUUGGCCCCGGAAAUGAACGACAUACUAACCUUACGGAGGAACUUGGCAACAUAUUAAAACCUGUCGCAGAACCUUUAAAAAAACUUGUAGAUUUUCUAGGUGCUCCCCUUCCAGCCGCUACUGAAAAACAACCAUCUAGUGUCUCGCCAAUUUUUGAAACGACGCCUGAACUGUUAGAUAUUCAGUUAUCAGAUGUCGAAUCAUUUAUAAAGUGGCUAUCGCAACCAGACCCACACCACAAACCCCACGAUGAAACUGCGGCCCCAAGCCCGGUAAAUUCCGGUGACUGGUUGUUGAAUGAGAUGCCAAAAAAAAAUGGUACGAUUACUACUGUCAAAAUCCUUGUUAAUCCAUCGGUAAAUGAUCUAAAGGUGAAUAAAACAGACGCAGAGAAUGGUGACGGUGAUCAGUCCAAACCACAUGAUUCGGUUUCCCUAACACAAGGUGAAAACCGGGAUGACUUUCAAGCUAGCGACGACAACCACAAUGAAGGAUUGUUGGAUCCGGCAAAUUACUCUCGAUUAACAUUCAGUAUUAUCACCUUUCUUAAAAAAUUAAACAAUCGUACAAGACCCGUUCAAGAUUACCCCGAUUCGAUGAAAAUAUUCUAUAGACCUGAUGACAACUCUGCAUUAAUUCACAAACACCAUGGACAUCCCAGUUCAGAUACCUAUCGACGCCAAUCAAUUGUCCAAGACGAUCUUCUGUCACAACCUGGAAUGCAUCAUCCACAUCCUGGAUAUUUGCCUUCGGAUUCAACAAAACCAGGUUCUCCACGAUCUACAGCUGAUCUACCAUCACCUUACCACAGAGCAAAUUCUUACUCACCAACGUACGGGCGAUCACGACAUUCAGCUAAACAACUCGAUCACUCUUCCAAUAUUCCAUGAGAAAGCAGGUAAACCCUUGCCGUCAGAAGAAUGGUCCCCGAAUGAUGCAGAGUACUCCAAUCCUUUCGUCAAAAAGUUUGGAGGGGUUCUGAUCACG